UAAGACAGUCAACAUAAAAAGAUAUCGUCAUUGCCACUUAUCAACACAACGAAAAGCAAAUAAAAAAGAUUAAUAAUCUCGAAUCAUCAUAUUCAUCAUGAGUGAUCAUCAAAGUUCGUCAGGUAUUGAUUCUGAUAAAUCAUAUAAAGAAAAAUUGCGGGACAAGCUUGCAAGAAAAUUACGACAAAGAAAAUGUUUAACGAAAGAUUUUUCAGAAUCUAAUACAAUAGCCUCACAAAAUGUAAAUGAUUAUAAGGAGAACAUCGGUGCGACAAUGCGAGAUUUAAUGUCUAAUGUUGGACGUGUUUGCUUUUCAAUAACUGAUAUAUUACGUGACUGGAAUGAACGCGCAAAUCGAACGAACGAUCAAGAUGAACGAAUUAAAACACUGGCCGUACGAAACUUCGACGCAAUGGGAAAAAUUAAUGCAAUGGUUGUUGAGCGUCGUGACGAAUUCGGACCAAUUCAACCCGGAACGUCAUCAAGAAAUAAUGACUCGGUUUUAAAUCUCUCUGCGAGUGAGAAUGAUUCGAGUGGAUCGUCAAAUUCUAGAAGUUCACGUAAAGCAUCAUCUACAAGUGGUAUUUUAUUUCCCAAAAUGGACAAAUACCCCGGAAAAUGUACGGACCCAGAAAUUCUUUUGAAAUAUUUAUGUGAACAGGUCACGCGCGUGACUUCAUGCGUUACCUAUUUUCUACUCCAAUGUAAGGUGGAAGAUAAGGACAUAUUACAGAAUAUGGAAGAAAAAAUAUGUUACAUGCUCGAAGACCUAAGCAAACUUGUAGGAUUGGCAAAUCGUAAGUGCGUCUGAUGAAUUGGUCGUUUUUUGAAGUGUUCAUUGUUUUUCAUCGAUACUCACUUACUUCACUUCGAAAUAUUACUUUAAUUUUGAAUAAGCAAUUUUUUUUACCUUUUAGUAUU